AUGCAGAACUUUUCCUAUGCGUCUGCAGUAGGAAGUCUUAUGUAUGCACAGGUCUGUACCCAUCCUGACCUGGCAUUUAUAAUGGGAAUGCUUGGAAGAUAUCAAUGUAAUCCAGGUAGAGAACAUUGGGUUGCAGCCAAAAUGGUCUUUAGAUAUCUUCAGAAGACAAAGGAUUACGCGCUCACAUACAAGAGGUUGGAUAGGCUUGAGAUCAUUGGGUAUUCCGACUCCGACUUUGCUGGAUGCUUGGAUAGUCGUACGUCGACAUCUGGUUACAUCUUCACUAUAGCUGGUGGUGCUGUUUCAUGGAGAAGUGUCAAGCAAUCCUUGGUUGCUUCGUCAACCAUGGAGGCAGAAUUCAUCUCAUGUUAUGAGGCAUCUAGUCAUGCUAUUUGGCUGCGCAAUUUCGUUAAAGGAUUACGAGUUGUCGAAAGCAUAAAGAGACCUUUGGCGUUGUAUUGUGAUAAUAGAGGAACAGUUUUGUUCUCAAACAGCAACAGAAGUUCUUCUAGGUCUAACCAUAUAGACAUUAAGUUCUUAGCUGUUAAAGAAAGGGUUCAGAGUGGCUUUGUUAGUAUUGAGCUUAUAGAGACAAAUUCCAUGGUUGCAGAUCCGCUUACAAAAGCAUUGGCGCCUACAGUUUUUCAUGAACAUAUUGCUAGCAUGGGCGUCGUUAAUAUGAAUGCUUCUGAUUAG